AACGAUUAAUCGAUAUACGGUUCGAUUGUUGAAUAACUGUGACAUUGGACAAGCGUCAAACUGGUAGCACCAUCUUACUAUAGGAAUACAAAGUAUUUGUUGCUUGAUUAUGUUUCGCGGUGGGAAGAUUUGAAAACAAGAUAUGCAGGAAAAUUCGGUUGGAUUACAGUAAUGAGUUAGAAUUACAAAAAGAAGCAGACGAGGUGGAACAAUUUGCCAUGACUUCAUUAGGAAAACUAAUAUUUGUAGACUUACACUGUAGGCAACCAAAGUCUUUAUCUUCUGAUAAACCAUCUUUAGAUAUUAUUGAUUCCUUAUCCCUUGCUUUUGAAAAUCUGUUUUAUAUGCCAUUUGACAUCAUUGAAAAUUAUGGUAGUACUUUACGUACACUGGAUAUUAGCCAUAAUAAAUUUAGUAGAAACUUACAGUUCUUGGCUGAAUUUGAGAAUUUAACAUCUCUCAACUUAGAUCACAAUAACAUAGAUGAUCACACUGUAUUUCCACAUAUGCCAAAACUUCAACUUCUGUGGUUAAAUCAUAAUAACAUAGAAGAACUGUAUCCAUUUGUUAAGAAUCUCUAUGAGAGUGUACCCAAUCUUAGAUAUUUAUGUCUUAUGGGUAAUAAGGCAGCACCAAGUUAUUUAAAUGGUGGAAGUUUUUAUGAUUAUCUUCAAUACAGGUUGUACAUCAUAUCUUGGUUUCCUCAUUUGGUACAUUUGGAUGACCGAAUCGUAACUUCGGAACAACGUCAGGAAGCAAGAAGACUUUUCAAGCGACCAUUCUUAGAAAAUUUGACUGAACAUGCUCCUCUUCCAGAGUGCAUUAAACAUCUGCACAAUAAAUUAACAAACAUGUUCUCAAAACCAACACUGCCUUAUAAGUUGAAACCAAGAGGAACAAACUUUAUUAUUUAAUGCAGUAUUAAAGUUGUUAAUAUAAUUCAACUUGAAAGUUAUCUACUUUUAUCAAAGUAGCAUAACAUUUCUAGAAGGAUACAGGUUUUUAUUUAGCGUAAAAUAAUAUUUAUGAAAAAAAAAGCGUAUGGUUUUACUUCGUAUACAAAUAAAUAAUACACGGAAACAAGCACUUGGGGCAGUAACAGAUAAGUGUAUACUGAAGUACAUCACUUUUUUUUUAAUACUU